UGCCAUCAGAACCUGCAGCCGGCUGUUCGGGGCGCUGCUGGAGCGGAGGGAGCUGUUCGUAGGCCAGCUGCCGGGAGAAGAGACCUCUCUCCCAGAUAACUACAGUGCAGAAGACAAGUACAAAAUAUGGAUGAGGCAUCGUUAUAACAGUUGUGUCAACUGCUUGGUGGAGCUGAUGGGCCAUGAAUCUUUUCAGGUCAAGGAAUUAUCACUCGCUACCCUCAUGAAGUUUGUUGAGUUGGAAGGGAAAUACCCUUUGGUCAAAGCAGAAUGGAAGGGGAGUUUCAGUUUCCCUCUUGAGCUUUUAAAAUUAGUUGUGGAGAACUUAAUCCCUUGUGAAGAUGACUCUUCGCUCCUGAUUUCACGUUUCCAAGAAUACCUGGAGUAUGAUGACAUUCGGUACUUUGUGAUGAAGGCUGUCGCUGAAAAUAUUGGACAAGUCAUGCAGAAGACAAAAGAGGUUCCGCUUCCAGUUUACCAGCAGAAUGUAUUUUCCCUCAUUUCAUCAAUUAGCAUGCCAAGCAAAGAGAAUGAGGUGGUCAAUUUCAUGGUAAAGCAAGCUAACCAGGAAGAAUGGAAGGUAUCAAAGCUAAAGGAGCAUAAGCGGGCUUUUGAAAGGAUGUGGCUUGGCUUUCUUAAACACAAGCUACCCACCGGCCUUUACAAAAAGGUUCUUGUAAUUUUGCACGACUCUAUCCUGCCUCACCUGAAUGAACCCACCCUUAUGAUAGACUUCCUGACAGUCGCCUAUGACAUAGGUGGAGCAAUCAGUCUUCUAGCCUUAAAUGGGUUAUUUGUUCUGAUUCAUCAGCAUAACCUGGAAUACCCCGACUUUUACAAAAAGCUGUACAGCCUCUUAGACCCCUCCAUAUACCACGUGAAGUACCGAGCCCGGUUUUUCCAUUUAGCGGAUUUAUUUUUGUCUUCAUCGCACUUGCCAGCGUACCUGGUGGCAGCGUUCAUAAAGCGCCUCUCUAGGUUGGCCCUCACCGCUCCUCCCCAGGCUUUGCUCAUGGUCAUUCCCUUCAUCUGCAAUCUUUUCCGGAGGCACCCAGCUUGCAAGGUUCUUGUGCACAGACCCGGCGGGCCUGAAGAUCUGUCGGAAGAUCCAUACAUUAUGGAUGAGGAAGAGCCGUCCGAAAGCAGGGCUUUGGAGAGCUCGCUGUGGGAGCUACAGACCCUUCAGAGCCACUAUCACCCUGAUGUGGCCCAAGCAGCUGCCGUUGUGAACCAGUCGCUGUCUGAACUAGAGGAUGACAUAUCGGAGCUCCUGGAGCUAUCUGCCUACGAGCUUUUCGAUAGAGAGCUAAAGAAAAAAGCCACCAGCAUGCCCCUGGAGUUUGAACAAGUGAGAGGAUUGUUUGGCAAGAAGGACGAUCUCUUUGCGGAGCAUUUUGCGCUGGAAUGAUGCUGCCUUUCGGUAAUACACGUUUCUGUACGACUGACUCUGACUGUGGAAGAGACACCCAGCUGAUUCAUGAGUAUUUCCGUUCAGGUUUGGCUGUGAAAUCCAAGUUGAUGGUUGGACUAGUUGAGAUGCUUCUGUGAUCUUCAUCAGCAUCCACAAAUGGGCUGCUGCUGCUCCUCCUCCUAACAGAUUCCUUGUUUCUCACUGGCCUCCCUUUUGCAUUUUAUCUUCACCUCCUGCCUGGGGUCAGAAAGCAUCUUUCUCUAUGGGCAGUUAUUCCAUAAUUGUUCACUGCUGGAUUCUUGCACCUUCCUAUGAAGUGUCUGGUGUGGGUUAUUAUCGUUGAUUGGAUACGGGGCUGGAUGGACCUGAUCUACUCUGGCAGUACACUCCUCACAUUGGCAUCUGGGUGUGUGGAGGUGAGGGGGGUG